AUGACUGCAUCACUGCGGCAACUUUCAAUGAUGGCUUCACCUAAGACUUCCAUCACUAGCCUCCCCGAAAUCCUCCUCAGAAUUGUUUUUGAAGACGAUGCCCUCGACCAAGAGGAUAUCGCUGCACUUCGACUAACCUGCCAUGCCUUUGUUCACGCCGCAAAUUCCAUCUUGUUUCGUCGGAUAUCCAUCUCCCAGCUCUACCAUGACCGGGACAGAUUCAUCACCAUCUGCAACUCUCCACACUUGGCUCAACAUGUCUAUGAGAUCGAGUGGCAGGAAAUCUCCUGGUUCCCUGGGUAUUUUGCACAGCUGCCAGAUCUGAAACGUGGAAAAGAAGGACCUGAUAGAGAGUUUCGAAGCAUGAUGGGAACACUGGACUUGCUCGCAAAUCAACUUUUUUGGCUCCCAGCCCUCUCCCUCGCCCAGCCGAAUUUGAAUGGCGAUACUGUCCUAAUUCGGCGUGAUAAGGCCAUCAAUAGGUUUCUUGGCGAGUUCUGCAAAUCCUUGCAACUUCUCCCCAACCUCUGCACUGCCAUUUCUCAAGCAAUGCCAGCAGAUCGUCUGCUCCACUGGUGUUCCGAAUAUCCAUUCGAGGUGAAGGUGUUCCAAGACCAUCAUCUUUCCAUACCCGGGGAAUAUUGCGCUUGGGAAUACCCUGGGAGCGAUGGGCUUUGUAAUUUUCUGCUACCUGCCAUGGAGUCUCUGGAGAAUCGUCCCAUUACACGACUGCUGUGGCACGAUGAGUCUCACGGAGCCAGCUACCUUCGACCAUUGCCAUCAAAGCAAGGCUUUCAAAAUCUAGUUUCAAUGCACCUUUCUGCUAAUCCAAAGAACAGCAAGGAAAAUUACGCUCACCUUCAAGCUUGUCUUGAGGCAUGCAGAAAUGUUCGCCAUCUUGCUCUUGAGUUGCGUGAUUGCUUUCAUUACAGCACGCUACAGUUGAAGCUACUCCGCAUCGAUGACGGUGGCAUACCUCAAUGGUCCCGACUGAAUUCUAUCUCCCUUUCCAACUUUUGCUUCCUUGGAGGGUAUGGACGACAGCUCCUCUCCCUCAUCGAGCAUAGCGAGGAAAGCCUGCGUCAUUUGUACUUGCAGGACACCAAAGUCUCUUUCGACCUAAUAAACGAGCUAGCCAAGAGGUGCCCUAGACUGUCUCUCCUAUCUCUAAGAAUCUGGGACAAUCGUCCCUCUGGAGAUUCUAUGUAUGUACCCGAAGACAUACUUCUCAACUACGUCAACAGCGGCACAACCCCCGUCCUGGACUCUGGGAAUAGGGGCUUUGAUCAAAGACGGUUCAAUCGUUACCUGGAAGGUUCUCGUGCUACUCGGUUUCUAUUCACAUUCGAUGGGGAAGACGCUUUGAAACAUGAAUGGACGCUUGAAGCGGAAAAUGAGAGUAAUGAGACAGACCCUUCAGAGCCCCAUCUCGCCAAUGCGCCCAGAUGGGAUUUCAGUCGGUUCUAUCACGAAGACAGUGACCGUGGAGAGGUUUGGGUCUUCCAAAUCGGACAAGAAAACAAACAUAAAGGAUACAAAACAGACUUAUGGAAAUUUACUAACCGUGACGGCGAAGUCGCUUAUGGCCGCUACCCGCUGGACUGGUGGGAGGACUGGGACCCUGACAACGGAGAUUUAGCAGAGCCUACUCCGUAUUGUGACGAUCUUUUCAACUUCGCGGCUGAACGACAGAAAAUCUUCAUGGCUGGAUAUGAAUCCGCGCGGCCACCGCCCGGGGCUAUUAGGUAUGAUGAGGAGGAGGGCGAACUUGUCAAAAGGCUUAAGAGGUAA